ACUAUUUCAAGAAAACGGCCAUAUUUGUGUUCAAUCAGGAAGCGUACAUAAAAUGGAGCGGAUAGGGUUAUUGUUGUGUGUCCUUAGUGUUUUAUUAUGCAGUGUGAAUUGCCAAGAUGAGUUAGCCAUUGUAUUCGAAAUGCAGAGAGUGGACAAUUCUACGUACACCGUAACUGAGGCUAUGGUGGACAGUAGCAGCAUGGAAAGGUUGAACAUUGUGUGCAGGAUAAACAAUAUCCCAAAUAUUCAUGGGUUCAAUAACAUUAACAUUUACAGAGUAAACAAGAAUGGAAUUGUUGAACGCCUGGCUACCAUGCAGACUCGUUAUCCAGACAGUCCUGAGUAUCAAAGACCUGCACUUGUUCAAAGCAGUUCCACUAUGCAGGCUGUUGGUGUGUACAGUGAUAAGAAUCCGACUCUUGGAAUAUCAGUACCUGUGGCGUCUCUCACCUGCAAUGAUGGGCUUAUGUACAACUGCUCCCUUGCUUAUGACCAGAACAUAGGAGGCAUUCCACAAACAAAGACUUCUUCUGUGGUCAGAAACCUCACAGUGUCAGUCCAGCCAAAAGAUGUGGAUUUUAAGGCAUUUAACCAGUCAGCUUUAUUUCCAAUGGAAAUCCAAAGCGACAUUGGAACGGCCACCAAUAUGGCUCACUUUAUGAUUGGUCAGGUGGUUAAACUCACCUGCAAGGCAAAUCUUGGUACACGCAGCAAUGGACUCAUCUACUGGAGAAAGAGUAAUAUCGUAACUGGGAGUGGAAUGGCCAACUACAUUCCCAACAAUAAUGAACGUGAAGAGGGUCAAGUUGUGGCCAAUGGUUGCCAGUUUGAGAAAACAGACAGCAUCAUGUACAACAUGACUGACCAGGAUGCGAUCAGAACAUCCAGUUAUCCACUUCAGUUCCAGUGCUACAUAAGUGUUCCUGGCUCUAAUCUUGCUCUUCCUGAUGCAACAGCUAAAAACUUCUUCAUCAAAGUCCGUAAGUAUCAUUCUUGUUUCUGA